AGCAGUGAGGAGGGCGAGAUGCCUAGGUCUAGCCGCCGCCGCCGCCACCCCUGCUCGCCGGCGGUCAGGCCACUGGGCGACGACGACCUGCUCCGCGAGAUCCUCCUCCGCCUGCCUCCGCAGCCCUCCUCCCUCCCCCGCGCCUCCGCCGUCUGCAGGCGCUGGCGCCUCCUCCUCUCCGACCCAGGCUUCUCCCGCCGCUUCCGCAUCCACCACCGCCGCGACCCACCCCUACUCGGUUUCUUCGUCAGAAAUGAAGACCUGCCCUUCCUACCUGCUCUCGACGCCCCGGAUCGUGUCUCCCCCGGCCGUUUCUCCUUGCAGCGCGGCGACGGCGACGGCGACCGGUUCAUGUCCCUUGGAUGCCGCCAUGGCCUGGUACUCGUCUUCAACAAACCUAAGAACCAGAUCCUGGUGUGGGACCCCGUCAUCGGCGACCAGCACCGCCUUGACGUGCCCCCGGGGGUUGCGAUACAUGCAGAGAAGACACCGAUCAACGGGGCGGUGCUUCGUGCUGCUGGAGACGAUGCCCAACACUUCCAAGUGGCGUUGACAGUGGCAGACAAUGAUGACAAGCAACACAGACGAGCGCUUGCCUGCGUUUACUCCUCAGAGGCUGGCGCAUGGGGUGAACUCGUCUCAACACAGCUUCCAUCUCGCGUUCCAAUGAGUAAUGUUGGCACCUUCGUUUCUACUUACAAGCCUGCCGUGCUGAUUGGGGAUUCCCUUUACUGGAGGCUUGCUGGGAAUUUUACCGGAAUUCUUGAGUUUGAUUUGGAGAAGCAAAGCCUAGCUGUCAUACGGUUGCCAGUGCAUAUCCUUGAAGACGGCCAUUGCCUAUUCUCGAUUAUGCGCGCAGAGGGUGGUGGCCUUGGUUUACUCCUCCAGACAGACCGCAGCAUCCAGUUAUGGAAGAGGAAGACUGAUUGUGAUGGUGUUGCUUCAUGGGGUCUUGGAAGAACCAUUGAACUGGACAAGCUACUUUCUCUGAAUUCGGAGGAGAAUGACAUAAUAAUACAAGGGCCCAUGGGGGAAAAUAAUGUGGUGUUCGUAUGGACACAUCACAUCCUCUUUACAGUCCAUCUUGAGUCAUUGCAGUUCAAUAAACUUCCUGGAGCCUACCCCCUUUUUCAUUAUCAUCCAUUUGAAAGUGUCUACGCUGCAGGUAUCUAGGGUUACAUUCCGGUGGCCAAGAUGCAGAAAUUGAUUGUGUGCUGUAGGUUCUUCCGUUUUGUAUGCUGUUCAUGGGCGUGUGCUACACCCAGAAUUUGGCCCUCUGUACUGGUCAGGUGUGAAGUUGUAUGACUAGUAGGAGCUAAUCGCUUCGUUUGCAAACUACGUGCCUAUUAUCUAUGUUCUGUAUGAGGACACGGUUACUUGCUUGGAUUAAUAAUUA